ACCCAAACUCACCCGUAUAUAAAACCCAUUCCCAAACCCACCCUUUAAACAUUCCCCACUCUCUCUCUCUUAGAUGGAAAAACACAACACAAUGACUUCGUCCCCGGCAUCACCUACGGCAACAACCUUUGUGCAAGCCGACGCAAACACCUUCAGAGACCUUGUCCAAAAGCUCACCGGUUCCUCCGCUGUCUCGGAGAAGCUUCCCGUUACCCUUCCUUCAAAACUCUCCUCCAAGGCCUUCACUCCCGGUGAUCCCACGGCCCCUCGCCGGUCACCCUUCAAGCUCCAUGAGCGGAGACAUACCCACACCAUGAGAAAGCUCGAAAUCAAGCUGGGCCUCACCACCCUCCGCAACAACUCACAUAGCCACGACUCGCCCCGACAAAACAACCGAUUUGACUCACCGGUUCACUGUCCUGUCACCCCCCUCAGGUCCGAGUCACUGUACCGAAUGAGUUCAGGUACCGAGUCUCCGUCAUCCCCGGCCAUCUCGGACGAGGAUAAGGCUAUAGCCGAUAAGGGAUUUUACUUGCACCCAUCGCCGCUGAGUACGCCGAGAGGCAUCGAGCCGCCAGAGCUCUUGACCUUAUUCCCACUGAGUUCGCCGAGUCAACAAACACGAGAGUCGUAAAGAUAUUAUUGGGCUUAUGAGUUCGACGAAAAUACUUUAUACUUUUUUCUUUUUUAUGUUUUGUUUUGUUUUUUUUUUUUUUUUGCCUUUUUUGGAGCUUUGAUAUUGGUAAUACUUGGACUCGGCCGGCUUUAGGUUGUUUCUCAAUUUAAUAUAAUAUUUAAUAUUAUUGGAAGUGUAAUCGUUCUUUUCA